CAAGUUGCGUAUACUUUGUGACAUAUGUUGCUUUGAAUAGUCUUUGUUUCUUACUUCUUUCCACAAUCAUUAUCCCAAACCGGGAAGUGGGCAGUUCCCUGAGGUUGAAACAGAGCUGAGAAACCCCGCAGUGGAGCAAAUCUUCUGAACCAAGUGCUUGGGUGGUUCAUAUGCUUCUAUAUUAUGAGAAAGUUUGCAGCUCUAGCGCUGCGGACUUUGGUAUGGCUGCUUCUCACUGGUCCGAUCUGGUGCCAAAAGCCUGCCGUAAAUAUUGGUGCGGUUUUUACUUUCAAUUCCGUUAUUGGUAGAGCUGCAAAGCCAGCCAUGGAAGCAGCAAUCUCCCACAUAAACGCGGACCCCAAAAUUUUGGAUGGGACACAGCUGAAGUUGCUGAUGGAGGACGCUAAUUGCAGUGGCUUCUUGGGCACCGUUGGAGCUUUGCAGGUACUGGAGAAAGAGGUUGUGGCCAUCAUUGGCCCACAGUCCUCUGUGGUGGCUCAUGUGAUUUCUCAGAUCGUUAAUGGUCUACAAGUUCCUCAAGUAUCAUAUGGUGCCACUGAUCCAUCAUUAUCAAGUCUUCAACUCCCCUUUUUCCUUCGAACUGCUUUAAGUGACUCGUACCAAAUGGCUGCCGUGGCUGACUUGAUUGUUUAUUAUGGGUGGAAAGAGGUCAUCGCUAUAUAUUUGGAUGAUGAUUAUGGGAGAAAUGGAAUAUCUUCCUUAGGUGAUGAACUUCAGAAGAAAAUGUGUCGUAUUUCUCAUCAAUUUGCCUUGCCUUCUCUGGCUAAUCUAAGUCAGAUCACGGAGGCACUUAAUAAUUCUAAAUUGCUUGGUCCACGCGUUUAUGUCGUUCAUGUAGGCCCUGACCCGCAAUUAAGAAUCUUCAAAAUCGCCCAGAAGCUUGAUAUGAUGACCAGCAAUUACGUUUGGUUUGCGACUGAUUGGCUUGCUGCUACUUUAGAUUCCUUUUCGCCAACCAAUAGUGCUUCACUUGAUAUCCUUCAUGGGGUAGUUGGGCUACGCCCUCAUACUCCAGAUUCUGAAGGAAAAAGGGCUUUGGCCGAUUCUGUGAUGAAUGUUUAUGGACUCUAUGCUUAUGAUUCGGUAUGGGUUGUUGCCAGGGCAGUCGACAAGUUUCUCAAAGAAAAUGGCAACAUCACGUUUUCGUCCCAAGGUAAAGUAUUUGGCUCCAGUGCAAGUGGAAUUCAACUGGGAAAGCUUAAAGUUUUUGAUGGCGGAAGUGAUCUGCUUAGGAUUAUUAUGGGAACAAAUUUCACUGGUUUAAGUGGUCGAAUUCAGUUUGAUGCAGACAGAAAUAUUAUCAAUGGUAGCUAUGAUGUCAUUAAUAUUGACUCAAAGGGAUUUCAUACAGUAGGUUAUUGGUCUAAUUACUCGGGGCUAUUGGUUUCACCUCCAGAAGAUUUGACAUUGAAGCAAGAGGAUUAUUCUCGCUUAAAUCAGAAAAUUGAGAGUGUGGUUUGGCCUGGUGGAAAGACAGAAACACCACGCGGUUGGGUGAUUGCGGAUGCUGGAAGACCCCUCAGAAUCGCGUUCCCAAAAAGAGAAAGCUUUGUUGAUUUUGUUACUCAAUUGAACAACAGCAAUGUAGUUCGAGGAUACACUAUUGAUGUUUUCAAAGAAGCCCUCAAGUUUAUUCCAUAUGAUGUCCCUUACGAAUUUGUGCCUUUCGGGGAUGGUCGAGCCAAUCCCAAUUAUGAUGAACUUGUUCAGUCGGUUGCCGAUCAUGUGUUUGAUGCAGCUGUCGGGGACAUUGCUAUUGUUACCAACCGUACAAAGAUUGUUGAUUUUUCUCAACCAUAUACCACUACUGGGCUAAUCAUAGUUGCCCCAGUUGAAGAUUCAAAAUCAAGUGCUUGGGUUUUUCUUAGACCAUUUACAGUGGAGAUGUGGUGUGUAACUGCAGCUUCUUUUGUGAUUAUUGGGAUUGUUAUUUGGAUUCUCGAGCACCGAAUCAACGACCAUUUUCGCGGUCCUCCAAAGAGGCAGAUUAUCACAAUGUGUCUGUUCAGCUUUUCAACUCUGUUCAAGGCAAAUCAAGAAGCAACAAUUAGCCCACUUUCACGACUGGUGAUGUUGGUGUGGCUCUUCCUAUUGUUGGUAAUAACGUCAAGCUACACGGCAAGUUUGACAUCAAUCCUAACCAUUCAGCAACUUCCUUCGUCGAUAACUGGAAUUGAUGACUUGAUUGCAAGUAACUUGCCAAUAGGAUAUCAGGUAGGUUCUUUCGCUUACAGCUAUCUGACAGACAGCCUUUUCAUACCACGUUCCAGACUCGUGAUGCUCUACACCCCAGAGGAUUACGAGAGAGCGCUCCGGGUCGGGCCAAAAGGAGGCGGUGUAGCAGCGAUCAUCGAUGAACUUCCAUAUGUGGAGCUGUUUCUGUCGAAUACAAAAGAAUUUGGAAUGAUCGGGCAACCUUUUACCAGGAGCGGAUGGGGAUUUGCUUUUCAGCGAGAAUCUCGACUUGCAGUUGAUAUGUCGACGGCAAUUUUGAGGCUUUCUGAGAGUGGAAAGCUUCAAGAGCUACAUGACUCCUGGUUCUGUAAGCUCGGUUGUCCUGGUGAGCGGAGAGGAAAAUCAGAGCCAGACCAACUUCACUUGAUCAGCUUCUGGGGUUUGUAUUUGCUUUGUGGAAUCAUUUCUGUUGCCGCACUUUUCGUGUUUCUUCUAUUAUUAGUUCGCCAGUAUAUCCGCUACAAACGACAUCGUCGUCAUUUUGAGGAAACUACGCCAUCUCCCAUUACAUCACACACUAGCUGUACUCGGUCCAUUCAAAGCUUUAUAAGCUUUAUUGACGAGAAGGAAGAAGCCAUCAAGAACUUGUUUCGAGGGUCACAUGGUGGUACUCAAAAUGGAGACAACCUCCAGAAACAUUCUCGAGAGGCUGUGAAUAAGAUUGAUCCAGAGGUACAGAUGGGGACCUCGAGUAUGAAUCAAAGAUGAAUCGCUUUUGCUUGCCAUUUGUUUCUCGUUCUCCAUUAGUUUUAGAUGGACUUCAUGGUGCGUACAUGUACAUAUGUAAUCCCAUCUAUAUCACUAAAAUAGUAGCAUGGUACAUAUCUUGCAUAGUGUACCUUAAUUGGUCUAAGCAUCUAAGAAAUUAAAUGACAUUAAUAACUACUUUGGGCCAUUUUUGUUCUAGAUUUUCUGUGUUACUAGACGAAGAAAAUCGAUUAAAGACAGAUUACCAUAUUA